CUCGCCGUAAGGUAAACAAAUAAAGCACACACUCAGCAGAAAGCUUUCGCUGACAAAACAGAAGAGGAAGAGCGAAACCUACCACAAAGCUGACUGCGCCAACGGCUUUUUAUUGAUAAGCGAAACCAAUUGGGUGCGUUCAUUGCGUUCAGCUUUUCAUGGCUAUUUCGUGAGCUGUCGAACUCGUCAUAUUGUCGCCUCAGUCAUAGCCCGAUAAUGGAACCCGUCUACCCAAAAGCACCGCUCGAGGAGCCCAAAACGGUUACCGGUCAAGUGCAUGAGCAGCCGCAAGUCGAGCAACAGCGUCUGUUGCCACCCACUUACGAUCAGGCAACUGCAGCACCGGCACAGACCUCGGGACCGGGAGUAACAGCAACUGGAACUGCGAUUCCAGCAGUGACCACUGGACCAUCGACCACACAGCACACGGUGAUUGUGGUGCCUGGCUCGGCGUAUGGACCCGAACCGCAGGAUGUGCAGUGUCCUUAUUGUCACAAUUAUACACGCACUCGGGUCUCGUAUCGUCCGAAUUCACGCACACAUCUUAUUGCGCUGCUGCUCUGCCUGUUUCAGCUGUGGUGCUGCGUCUGCUUGCCGUACUGCAUUUCCAGCUGCAUGAACACCAAUCACUAUUGCGGCAUGUGCGACCAAUACUUGGGCACCUACUUGCGCAAGUAAAUCCCAGCGAACGGAAGUGACGAGAAACCAGAAGAAGAAGAAGAAGCAAAGAGAUAGAUACAAAAGUGCUGCUAAUUACACACAUACACAUACACCUGCUUUGUAUACCUAAGAUAAAUCGUUGAAAUACAUUGUUUAGUUAGUUUUAUCUGAAUUUCGUGUUCUCCAACCAACUGAAGAUUGCCAAAGUUGUGCAGUUAGCUUUUAAGCUCACUCUCUCGCUCCCACACGGAUCAGCGCAGAGCUCAUUUUGCUUAUUGGCAGCAUAACUCGACUUUAGUCGCGUGUUGAAAGCGCAGCGAGGCAGACGACGAAGUGGAGUUGCGCAAAGAGCGAACAGAUCGGCAAGCAAACGUGUGCAGAGAGAGAACAGUGGAGAGAGCGAACGUGUAUAGAGAGAGCAAACAGUCGAAAGAGAGAGCUGGUCUAUUAAGCCAUCGCUGCAGCUUGACGUACCUGCAAAUUAGCAAAGCAAACAAAGCUCUUUUUUUAUUUAGUGGCUGUGAUUCACUCUUGUUGAAGUUGCUGCUGAACUUCGUACCUAAGCCAAACAGUUCCAAGCCAGAGUCGGACAUGGAUCAAAAGCGUGCCAUGCUUUAUCCACAAGUGGAUUUCAACACCCCA